AGCCCUACCGCGAUGAUCUCUCCGGAUCAGCAGCAGCAGCAGCAGCAGCAGCAACAUCAGCAGCCCAAUCAUGUCGUGGCGACCAUUGAGAAUCUGCCUCCCGAGGGCAUCGGCGGCGGCGGCGGCGGCGGCGGCCGGAGCUGCAUCUCUGCCCCGCCUUCCUCCAGUGUGCGCCAGAAGAUCCGUAAAGUGUUUAACAGGGAGCUCCUGUUAUCUGUAGCUCUGGGGCAAGUCUUAUCCCUGCUGAUCUGUGGUAUUAGUCUAACCAGCAAGUAUUUGUCAGAUGAUUUUCAUGCCAACACGCCUGUCUUUCAGAGCUUUCUGAACUACAUUCUCCUAUUUUUGGUCUACACCACAACUUUAGCUGUUAGACAAGGUGAAGAAAAUUUAUUGGCAAUCUUAAAACGAAGAUGGUGGAAGUACAUGAUCCUUGGAAUAAUAGAUAUAGAAGCAAAUUACCUGGUAGUUAAAGCUUAUCAGUAUACCACUUUUACUAGUGUACAGCUCCUAGAUUGUUUUGUGAUUCCAGUUGUGAUCUUACUUUCUUGGUUCUUCCUCCUGGUGCGAUACAAAGCAGUGCACUUCAUCGGGAUUGUAGUGUGCAUUCUGGGCAUGGGCUGCAUGGCAGGAACAGAUGUUCUUGUUGGAAGACAGCAAGGAGCAGGAGAAAAUAAACUUAUAGGUGAUCUUCUAGUACUAGGUGGGGCCACUCUGUAUGGCAUCUCCAAUGUCUGUGAGGAGUACAUUGUACGAAAUCUGAGUAGAGUGGAGUUCCUAGGGAUGAUUGGACUCUUUGGUUCCUUCUUCAGUGGAAUUCAGCUUGCCAUAAUGGAACACAAAGAAUUGUUAAAAGUUCCCUGGGACUGGCAAAUAGGAUUACUGUAUGUUGGCUUUAGUGCCUGCAUGUUUGGCCUCUAUAGCUUCAUGCCUGUGGUGAUUAAGAAAACGAGCGCUACAGCGGUCAACCUCUCCCUUCUUACAGCAGAUUUAUACAGCCUUUUCUGUGGAUUCUUCCUCUUCUAUUACAAGUUUUCAGGACUUUAUCUGCUGUCAUUCUUCACAAUCCUUGUUGGCCUUUUGCUGUACUCCUCUACAUCCACAUACAUUGCCCAAGAUCCACGGGUGUACAAGCAGUUCCGAAACCCUUCAGGACCUGUUGUAGACUUGCCAGCCACUGGGCAGCUAGAACCUUCAGUAACAUACACCAGCCUCGGCCAAGAAACGGAAGAAGAAUCUCGUGUCCGUGUUGCCUAAACUCAGGCCCUGCCACCCUCGGUGGAGUUCGUAUCACCAUUAUCUCUGUAUCAUUCAUAGAGAAAGGUAUUUUCCAGAUGCAGUGACUCUAGUCAGCUGCAAGGUAGCAAAUAGGGGAGGUUUAUAAAAAAAAACCACCACCACCAUUAAAAUCUUUCCAAGAAUGCUUGACUAGGAGCUGUAAUUCACAGCCCUUCACUUGGAGCAGUGCUUUUCAAUCUAGAAAUAUUAAUUGAGGUUUCCUUAAGGAGAUGUUAUGAAAUGGCAGGGAAACUUUCCUGAAGGACAGUUUGCCUACCUCAAAGCUUCCAUUGGAAUGGAACCAUUCUGUAGUUGUAGAGGGCAUGUUUUAGUUUACGUGGGGGCAAACAGGCUUGGCCAGAGUCAUAUUUGAACCGAAAAUCCAUUCUACGAUAUGCCCUGAGACCCUUUGUAAUGUGCUGGAGAAAUACAGAAGCAGAUUCUGAGGGGAGGGUGGACGGUGGAGGAGAAAGGGAAAAAUCACAAGGAAACUGGUGGGCAGGUAUCUCCCAGUGUCACUUUGCUAACCUGUAUCCGGUA